GCAGCAAGAGUUCCGGCGCAGGGGCCUACUACAUGACACACUCGUACCCGCCCGGCCCAUCCACCGCCCCCGGGGGAGCAGCCACGCUGCCCAGGGGUGGGGCCCUGCUACGCACCUACUCCCCUGCAGUCGUGGGGCCCAAGGCUGCAGGUGGCGGGCCAGGCGGUGUGCCCCCUCCCAAACCAGUGCGCACAUACCAGCACAACCCCCUGGGGUCCCCCCUGUCCCCUGCUGGCAAGCCGGGGGUGGGGGGCGGGCCCCCUGUGCCCCCAGACAGGCUCUAUGGCCCCUUCUUGCCCCUGCCAUCCCCACGUGACGCAGUCUAUUCUCCGACGGCAGACCGCCUGCACACCGAGAGCGGCUACAUGUCUUCGCCCGAGCGGGGCGGUCCCUCGAGGGCUUACGCGCCGCCGUACGCCCCCGCCGGCGCCUCCGCCUACGAAGACCCCUACUACAGCCAGUACGCCCCGAGAUCCGGCUCCAUCACGCCCGUCAUCGACGAGGAAGCCAGGAUCCGAGUGGAGCACAUGGAGCGGCAGCUGGCAAACCUGACAGGCCUAGUUCAGAAGGCGCUGACGCAGACUCCGACAGCUGUGGGGAGCACCUCGGCAGGGGGACCCACACCCGCACCACGGGACUACGCAGUAGGAACGGGCGUGCAGUCCGGCACGGGUGCAGGAUCGAAUGCCGUCUCCGCAGGGACGUCUGCUGCCUCCACGGCCUCACAAGCUGGAGGCAGGGACACGAGCUCUGGUGGAUACAGGAAUGAUGAUUCUUACCUAAGGAGUGAUACGAAGCCGCCAAAACUAGGAAAAGACAAAUCCGUGUCUUUUGAGAAGUCUGUGUCCUUCUCCGAUGAACCACCCGACAUGAAUUCCCCGAAGCAGCAUUCACCACAACAUUCUGCGGAUUCGAAACCAACUAAACCAGCCAUUAAAUCGUCAACGCUUCCUAGAAUGUCUUCACAAGAGAGAGAUCGACAUAAACCAGCCCCUCCACCAAAACCGGUUUCAUUGUCUCCUGGCCAGUAUGAUGGUCGGCAUGUCUAUAGAGCCGACCUGCAGCUGACGCCAGAGAUGUACAACCAGUUACGUGGAUUGCAGAAGAAAGCAAAGGACCUCCGCCAGGAGGUGCGCAACCUGAGACGCAUGUCCCAAGCACAGGCCCAUUCAGUGCGUGAGACGAUCCGGGACACUUUCAUCAAGAUAAGAGCAAUGCUGUUGUCAGGUGGGGAAGAAGUUUGGGCAGCAGGUGGUGAUGCUGAGAAGCUGCGUCUUAGUAGGGAAGAGGACCUCUACAAGCAGGAGAUGCUGCGUCUUGAGAAAGACCUUACGGAGCUGGAGAGCACAGUUGAAGAACUGAGGGGUAAUGUGAUCAACCGGAAGACACGGGUCAACAUGUCUGAUGUUGAGAAUAUGGCUCUUAUUCUCAGUAAAUCAAGUAAGACUGUUGCAGACCUCAAAGUGCGUUUCCCAAGUCUACAGGAGGGAAUGAAGAGCCUUUUGUCAUCUGAGAUGGAGAAAGUUGUCAGGGAAGAAAAGUUCCUUAAGGAAGAACCAGAAAGAUUAGAAAGUGCACUCCGACGCUGCAAAAAACUCACCGGCACCCUGGUCACGCUCAAAAGGCUGGCCUCUGUACAAGAGCAGCGCCUCCCCCCAUCUACGACGCCAGACUCACGGCUCUCUCCGACUCCUGGGGGAGGCGGUGCUGACUCGGACACUCCUAUCACACCACCAGCGCACGGGAAGGCCUGCACCGUUCCAGCGCGCGGUGUCAUGGCGGCCACCGUCGGCGGCGGACGUGCCAUCGGGGACGACGCCUCUCGCGCCCGUCCGGAGAACGCACUCGACGCUCUGCUAGACGAACUGCAGACAUUUGCUCGCCCGCCCCCUCCUACAGGAGUGGGCUCCUCGAGCCUCGGCGAGACCGGACGCAAGGGUAGUGUCGAUUCCAGCACCUCCCUGACGUCCACACCAGGCGGCGUAGGGCUCCGCCGACUACACUCCUAUCCGAGCAGCUCCGACAGUGCAGGUGAUGGAAGCGGCCAGUCUGGCCUCGUCUCACGGCUGCAGGUAUCUGCCGGGGGCAUGGGAGGCGCGCUUACAGAUUCGUCACAGCAGCAACAGCGCCCACCUCCCGUCUCUCCAAAGCCACCCGUCCCUGAACGCAAUGCGGAGCUGCUCUCGCAGCUCGCUGGCAGGCGCGUUCCGCCCCCUCCUCCUCCACGAACAUCGUCACGGUCACCUCUGGCAUCGCCCACCAGCCCCUCGCUGCCACCGAGGGCCCAGCACGGCAGUGCAGGGUCGGCAGGUACACUGAGAAGGGGUGCGCCUGGGCGGGGCAGCCUCAGGGAACCCGCACGAGGUGGGAGUGGCACUGCCCUGUCCCUGGCACCAGAUUCCGGAAUGGACCUCUCGUCAUCCACCGACGGUAGGCAGCGCUUCGAUCCUGCCAGCAACAGCUCCAGCUGCGAGUCAGUAAACUCACAGGAGGGUCUCAUCUCCCAGCAGUCAACUCCACAGCAGCCACAGACAGCCCAGCAAGUGGCGGCAGCAGCUGUAGCGGCACGAGGGAGGAAGGAACUGUUGGAGCAACGUCACCAGGAGCUGCUCAGGAAGCAGCGAGCUCUGCAGGAACAGUACGCCCGCCUGCAGCAGCUGCAGAGGGGUGGUGCAGCAACCUUGGCCGUCGUGCCGCCUGCAGGUGGUGCUACACCUGACCUCCUCCUCCUGAAGAAGACAGGCAGUGAGAGCAACCUCCUCGCGAAGAUGGGCCUUGGGGCCGGCCUCGCCACCAUGUCUGGGUCACUCACACACCUCGCCUCAGCUCCUCCAUCUGCUGCCACACCAGUCCCACAGCCCAGGACCAGUGUCCAACAACAACAACAGCAGCAGCAGCAGCAGCAGGAGAAACCUCCAGCUUCCACAUCAGACACUGUGCCGUCGACAGCUGCCCCAGCCACGACAACGACUCCUGCGAUGACCGGCAAAAUAUACGAGACAGACAUCCUGUGACCCCUCAGGGACUGUCUGGAGCUGCCUCCUGACUUGAUUUCUAGUGUUACCACCCAUGAAAAAUAAAUGCAUGUGUAACAGUAGGUAAUAGAAUGGAGAAAGUGCAGCACUAUGGCUAAGAAGCCUGAUUGAAUAUUUGUUCUCCUCUGCUGUUCAUGGGGAACAAUAGGAGUGAAAUCAUCCUCUGCCACAUAACAGUCCUCCAUUAACAAAGAGUAAACACCAGCCAUAGGUAAUCAUGUAUUAGAGCAUGUAUAUGAUUGUUGUUUUCAACAAGUCUUUACUUGGAGCAACUGGUAACAUUUUAAAUCUGCAUCAAGUGCUAUUUUUCCAUAUUUCCUAUUCCAGUUUUCAUCUUGUUCAUUUCUUUUUCCCUAACACACACAAAUGCAGUGUGGCUGGUCAAUAGUUACAUGCAGGAGUUACAGUUCCAGUACAUUCAGUGGACUUGUGCAGGCCACUCAGAUCCCAGGGUGAUAAGGACCACCUGUCGCGAUGAGUGGAAUAGAUUCAAAAUUUUCCCAAGUUAAUUUUCCUUUGGUUCUUAGUUUUGAUGAAAUUUCUGUUCCAGUCUUUUUAACUGGUCAGUAACAUGAUUCAUGCCUCUGAGUCUCAGUUAAUUUUGUGCAUUAUAGUAAACAUCACCACCAUCUUGAAUUCUAUAAGUGGAUUACCUGAACCAUAUAGUCUAUCCUUUUUUAUACCUUUUUAAUAGUUUGUAACUUGAAUUGCCAACCAAUUAUAAUCUUGAUUUCCAAGUUUCCUGCCAUGUAUGUUGGCAAGCACAUAUUAUACUAGUCACAGAUCAGGACUCUUUACACAUUCACAUUCCAGCAGAAGCAAUAAUAACUUUCUAAAGGAGCGUGCAGAAUACCCAUACACAUAUUCAUUUCCUUUUAAAAAGUAACAUCAUAAAGCCAGGUAGAAGAACUCUUGUCAUUUGUAAAAUCAUAAUACAUUACUGUAGGUUUUCUAGAAAUAAGCCCUUCCUACUUUUAUCAUCAAAGUAUUUGAAAAUCUUCCUCCAUAAAAAUGAAAUAGUAUUAUUAUUGUCUCAGCCACACAUUUGGAGCAUCAGUGUGAGAAAUACAUUAUAGUCUGCAGGCUAUGAAUUUACUACUAUAGUAAGACAGGUCUGUGCUGCCUUAUUCAAAGCUACUUCAUUUAAUGUAGUUUAUCGCACACAAUGUGAAGAAGCCAACAUAUCCCAUCCCUGACAGGCUAUCAUAUGUGUAGAAGCUAUCAUGGUCAGUUGAACUAAUGCUGAUGAAAAAGUAACCAGUUCUAUGAAGCUUAGUUUUAUUUCUGGUGACAGAAUGUAAAAAGCUUGUAGAGCAGUUAGUUUGUCUUUCUUGCACCAACUGUUAAACAACCAUAAACACAUUCUCUCGUUAUGCAUACCAAGUAUUAACAGCACUGGAGAUGCUAUUAACAUUUUCCACUUUGAAAAGAGUGUGUUGCACUCACUUUAUAAGUGAUACAAUUUUUACUCUUAUUAUUAUCAUUUCAUUAUUUAUGACGACAGCCACUUUCUCGACUGUAUACUUGGCAUAUACAGACUCAGGGAAAGUUAAUUUUGCGCCAUAAUGAUUUUGUUACAGUUAUUCCCUUUGAACAGAGGAAAGCUGAGAACUGGUCAGUGAUGUUAUCUGUAUUCAAGCACUGCUUUAUAAAUGAAUAAGAAGCAGCCAAAAUGAUAUGUGUUGGGAAUAAUUCAAGAAGAUUGACCAACCCCAGAAUUGACAAAUUGUUUUGUAUCUCUGUUUUAUUGUUAGGUUUCUGUAAGAACCUUUUUUUAAAGUGUCUUUGAGUCAAUUGUGCAUGGUGGGUUCAUCAUACUUGUUCUUAAGGCAUCUACUACAUUCCAAAAUCCUACUUUCUCCACUCCUACCCACCCCCAGUACUACCCUACAAUCUCUGUCACAGUUCUGCUUUCUCUCAUAUGUUUAUCAUUUUUUUUAAAAAAAAGAGCAUAAGCAUUGCAAAUUCGUAAUUAUGGUUACAACACUAUCUUUGUUUACAUUAACAGAUUAUUCCAAGUAUGUGAUGGCUGAAUAGCUAUAGUGUUGCACUUUACAGUGGUAAGAUGUUGAGCUUUUGAAAUUCUACAGCAUAGUGGAAAACUGACUGUUUCUUGUAUACUAUUUCUUAGUUUUCAUUGUUGUAUUUUCUACUCAGGGUGUUCACAACUACUGUGGGUUGUGUUUUUGCUAUUGAAUUCUGUGAGGAAGAGAAAAUAUCUGUAAAAGAAAUUUGAGGACUAUGGCUAUUUUUAUGUGGUCAUUUCUGAGGAUAUUUUAGGCUGGAGAUUCAUAUCCUGUUGGCAAAGUGAUUGUCUUGUUGAUUUUGUGCUUUUGUUAAUUGUCUUCUUACAGUACUAAAUCAUCUGUGUGUCACGUAUUAGCUGUUAACAGGUGAGUGCUGUGAACCUGCAACUGGUUUCAUUUUCUUGCUUCCCCUCCACUGUCACAACAGUGAGAAGUAGUAACCUUCAUGCAUUAUUUCAAAUUGCCUUCAUGCAUUCACUUUACCUCAUUUCAGUGGCACAUUACAACCCUUGGUGUGAAGAAUAUCAUCAAAUGAGCUUCUGAAACAUGCAAAUACAUGUGUCUGUCCAGAAGUCGCUACUGACUACUACUACUGACUGUGUCAUAUUAUGAUUUGAUUGUGGCCAAUAAAAUGUUGCAGACCAGCCUGUCACCUUAAUAAAGCUUUGUGCAGACCAAAUUCACGCUCUCUCACCACUGUUGUAUGCAUCAUUCUUCUUCCAAAUGUAAGCCACCAUUGCAGUACUAAAUACCAGUAUCUAUAGGAGGUUUUUUUCAGAUCAAUGUAUUAAGAAGCACGUGGCAGAAAUGAGCAUAGUGACCCCAGAUAGAAUUGUAAAUCAUGAGACUGUUAUUAGUUGAUAAUUUCUGUGCUUGUAAUGUAUCAGCGAGUAAUUGUUACAGUACAUGAAGAAUCUCUGGAUUGGCAUUUCACUUUUUUGCAAAGAUGUAAAUACGUAAAUUGGUGAACACCAUUUCUGUAGUUCAGUAUCUGUGGUACUAUCAACUGUUAAUUAAGAGUCAUUUUGUGAAUGGAGGCCUCACCUUAAUGAAACUCAUAAAUUUCAGAUGUUUGUACAUCUCUAUAUUAAAUUAAUGAAUAUAAUAAUUAUAGGCAUCUCUCACUUUCUAUCGCUCUUUUCCUGACAUUCUCUCUGAAGUUUUAUCUGUAUAUUUAUCAUCAUGUUUAGCUUGCAGUUUGUAAGAAAUAUAUCACCUGGAAAGACAGGAAAAUAUCUGCUUUAUUUUACAUUAAGAUUUAAUACCAAAAAAUGUUAGAACCUCUGUACCAUAUAAGAAACUGUUAUGCCUGAUUAUGGGUGGAGGGCUGUAAAAUAGAACUGUGCCAACUAUCUCAUGUUUCUUUCUGUGUAAGAUGAUGUAAUAUUUACUAUUGGUAGUCCUUCAGUCAAGUGAUAUGUAAGGCAACUAUUUAACUAUGUUCAGGGUGUUAUAGUUGCUACAAUCCACAAAAUAAUUGCAGGGGAUUACGAUAAAAACUGGCAGUCAGGAAACUGGGACAACAAAUGAAUUGUUGACUUCACACUCCUCAUCCCAUCCCAUUCCACUCCCUACUUCUUUCCAUUGUAAAUAUUGUGUGAUGAAAUUAUAACCAAAGAUGAGGAAAAAAAUAAGUGUUAUUACUGAAAGAAAUUGUAUGAAGUGAUUUUGCUAUGGCAGAAGAAUAUGAUAUGAAUUGUACUUAAGUGAUUUCAUGCAGAUUCUGGUGGGAUGCUGGAAGUAAAUUGCUCUCCAGGCUAAGGUGAUUGUGUUGAAAGUAGGAUGCCCAUGGCCAUAGGAUGUUAUGAAAUAAAUCGAUUAUUAUCCUUAAACUUAUAACAAUGUCUUGUAGGUUAUGGUUGAAAAUACAUUUAGUCAUUAUGUAUAUAUUAUCAGGGCUGCAGGACAAAGCCAUAGACACAAAUAAAUUUAAACAUGCUUAAUUUUUGUAUUGUUGUAAUCUGAGGUCUCAUAAGUGUAUUCCAUCUGUCAUAAAGUUUUGUUCGUUUCUCUUGUAACCGGCUAUAAAAGUACACAUCUUUUUCAUGUUGCUCAAGUGGACAUAAAAAUAUGGGAAGGCUCAGUGAGCUUAUAUUCUGAAAAAAGACUCUAGUAUGAAACUGAACUGAUGACAGCUGCCAUCAGUUAUUGAAAAUGUAAUUGAGGAACUUGCCUUACCACAUCAUUUGUGAGCAAAUGUGUCGCAUGGGUGUGUCCUUUGUCAGGAUUUCUCAGAAACUGAAAAGUUGUGGCAUUCCACAAGUGUGUCAGUGACAUAAGAACGUAAGUUCUCAUCUAGUUUAAAUAUUUAAAAGUAAAGGAAGAGAGUUACAUAAACUGCCAUUUAUCAAAAUGUGUUUUGAAUUAAACACAACACCUAAUACACCAAAUUAGAUCUGACCGCUCUUUUUAUGUAAUUAUUUCAGUGACCUUUCAUAUUUUGUUUGAAAGGAUUUGAAAAAGAAACUAUUUCUGUAGGUUUCACCUCCUGAGAGAGCAUAAACUGUGUGUAAUCGUGUUUUAAUAUCAAUUUCGGAGGUAUACUUUGUAUCUUAUGUGAAGCAUUUGAUUAAAAAUAGUGAACAUAGAACUUAUGGUAAAGGGAUCUGCAGUUACUCCGCACUGAUCUUACUUUAUGGAAUUUGAUUGUGAGGAUCAUGGAUACUAUGAGAACAUUUGCUCAAUAACCAUAAACUGCUCUAUACAUGAAAGUGUGACCCUAUUUUACUCCAGUAGCAAUUCACAACUAUUUCAGAACAUACAUGUUUCUUGCCAUUGCAGAAAUGUACUAAUUUUUAUUCCAUGUGCAUGUGAUCACAAAUGAAAGGAUGUCCCAAAUAAUUUUCUGGUCUCACCUUUUUUGUUAUACAUGAACAGCUUUUAUUUAUUUAUUUUGGAACACUGAAAAUUUUUUUGUCUUAUUUUUAAUCAUGUUUCUCUUCUACAUUGAAUGCUGUAUGUGGGUAUAGUUAAUCAACAUUUUUGCUUGUAUUUUGUUCAGGUUAGUUUGUCACUAUUAUCACAAUGUACUUAAUUUGGAAUUGCGUUGGACCUAUCUUUGAUCGGUAGACUGCAGUGAUUUCUUUACACUGAGUAUAAAGUAAACCAUUUCAGUGCAGGUACUUCUUACAGUGAAAAUGAAAGUUGCAACUUGCUUGAGCUGAUGAAUAAAAUUGUGAAACAAAUUAAUUCCUCCUGCUGACCAAGCAUAAGAGGAACUUUCCUGUGAAUAUUUUUGUUGCCUUAUUUUUGGAGUAGGAUAUACUGACUAACAAAUGCGCUUUGUUCAGACCAUAAAGGGUAUUAGGUACCUGCAGUGAACAACAUUAAAACUAGUAGUUCGCAGUUUCCCUCGGGAAAAGAAAAUGCUUCCAUGUAUCAGGUGAUAAUAAAAGCAAAAAUUAAAUCCUGAAGCAUAAUGCAACUUCUAUACAAAGUUUUUAAGUGUACACUUAAAAUAUUGGUUUCAGUGAUGUUGUAGCCCCCUAACACCAUGUAUACUAAGAAAAGAAAUGUAUAAGUGUAUUUACUACAAAAAAAAAGAAAAACAAGAGUUCCUGCAAUAAAAGUGAAUUUCUUAAGUAUUAAAUUUGUCUUGUUAGAAUCCCAGUGGCCAAAUGAAGUUGUGGUUUUUCCUAGUGCUAAAACUAAAAAAAAAAGAAAAAGAAAAAAAGAACAGUGUAAUAAAGUUUGGGAUGAUGAUAUAACUGAACAGCCACCCCUGUUUGUAUUCUUUCUUAAUGAAACAAGUAAUGUGUUUGUGUUCAUGUUUUCAUGUCAGUAUAUUACAACUGUCUUUCAAAUAUUGGAGAGUAUAUCACUGAUUGUCUCAGAUAUAUUUUCAGUGCUUGAGGGUUCCUUUAGAUAUUCUCUUUUUUUGCGAAAGUGUGUUUGUCACCAUUGUGCUUUCUACUUUUUCCACUGAUAUUUAAUAUGUAACAGGAAUGGUUUCUACAAAUAUUAUUAUGUGCUUCAGUUUCUGCAGUCUUCUUUAGUGUUUUGCAUUUAAUAUGUCAUGUGCCUGCGCUUGGUUUGUUGAGAUCCUAACAAAUGACUUAAGAUAUACUGGGAUAGUUAAGCAACCUCCCAAAAAUGUUUUUAAUUUAUAAUUAAAUUUCACUUGUUGUUCAGAGUUAAUUGUAAAUGUUUGUAAUUAACCAAGUAAAAAAAAGUCAUCUGAAUGGAAA